CGCGCUCCCGUGACACCGUGAACGCGAGCUUCGUGCGCGCGUCCGGCUGAAGGCGAAUGCGGUAGGCUACGAAAAACACAAGCAAGCAGCGCUGGAGAGACAAGACGGGCACAGUUUACUUCCACAUCACAAGAUCAUAUUUUGGAGCGGAAAUUUCACGCCCUGUCGGGUCGUGUUAGCGUUGGAGACGGCGGAGGAUAUUCACGGGCAGAAACAAUAGGAUGCAGUGUAGACUUGGCUGGUGACUGGUCUGCAGGCUCUCCACUUCUCUUGUCCCUGGAGUCAGCCAGUUGGGGGGGCAGAUUCCUGCGUUCCCCUUCUCUCUGUCUGAGUCUUUUUGUCUGGACAAAACCAACUGCCCGCCAUUGGAGUACACAGCUCAUCCUCGCCCGUGUUGCUUGGAUCAGCACAGCUCAUCUCCUAAUUGAGGAGAGCGCAGCAGCUGCACAAGAUUCACCUUCUACCAACUGAUCCCUCCCGACCCCGCCCACACUGCCCCGUCACCAUGGUGCUGUCACAACGGCAACGGGAUGAACUAAAUCGAGCGAUAGCCGAUUAUCUACGUUCCAAUGGAUAUGAAGAAGCAUACUCCACUUUCAAGAAGGAGGCGGAAUUAGAUAAUAAUGAAGAAUUGGAUAAGAAGUACGCCGGCCUUUUGGAAAAAAAAUGGACCUCAGUCAUCAGAUUACAAAAGAAGGUGAUGGAACUUGAAUCCAAACUUAAUGAAGCUAAGGAGGAGAUCACCCUGGGUGGGCCCGUCAGUCAGAAGCGCGACCCCAAAGAGUGGAUCCCACGCCCUCCAGAGAGGUACGCGCUGAGUGGCCACCGCAGUCCAGUCACCCGCGUCAUCUUCCACCCAGUCUUCAGUGUCAUGGUGUCGGCUUCUGAGGACGCAACAAUAAAGGUGUGGGACUACGAGACAGGAGACUUUGAACGCACACUGAAGGGCCACACAGAUUCGGUGCAGGACAUCUCUUUUGACCAGACCGGCAAACUGCUUGCAUCCUGCUCUGCAGACAUGACUAUCAAGCUGUGGGAUUUCCAAGGCUUUGAGUGCAUCAGGACCAUGCACGGACAUGACCACAACGUUUCAUCUGUAGCCAUCAUGCCCAAUGGAGAUCACAUUGUUUCUGCCUCAAGGGACAAAACCAUAAAAAUGUGGGAGGUGGCAACUGGCUACUGUGUGAAGACCUUCACAGGCCACAGGGAGUGGGUCCGUAUGGUGCGGCCCAACCAGGACGGCACACUGAUUGCCAGCUGCUCCAACGACCAAACGGUGCGCGUGUGGGUCGUGGCCUCCAAAGAGUGCAAGGCUGAGCUGCGGGAGCACGAACAUGUGGUGGAGUGCAUCUCCUGGGCACCAGAGAGCGCCUACCCCACCAUCCAAGACGCCACAGGCUCUGAGACCAAGAAGAGUGGUAAGCCAGGCCCCUUCCUGCUGUCUGGCUCCAGAGACAAAACCAUCAAGAUGUGGGAUGUUAGCAUUGGCAUGUGCCUUAUGACACUGGUUGGCCAUGACAACUGGGUGCGUGGUAUCCUCUUCCACCCUGGAGGCAAGUUUAUUGUGACCUGUGCGGAUGAUAAGACCUUAAGGAUCUGGGACUACAAGAACAAGCGCUGCAUGAAAACCCUGUGUGCCCACGAACACUUUGUAACCUCUCUGGAUUUCCACAAGGCUGCUCCCUACGUGGUCACUGGGAGUGUAGAUCAAACAGUAAAAGUGUGGGAGUGCCGCUGAUUUGGACCUUUGAGGAUUGGACCACCACCCCAAUUACCCAGACGCUCCUCUGGAUCCCUCCUCCCCUUCUGCCAUCCCACCUCCCCUUUCAUCCCACUUCCCACUACCUCUCCCUCCCCUCACCUAAUCUAAACCUCACCCGCACAUCAUCAUCUCCUCCUCUUCCGGCUGCACUUACCACCAUGGUUAUUUACCCAACGCGCUCUCUGGUCCAAUAACUAUUGUCCUUCUAUGUAAAUUAUUCCUGGAUGUAGAUCGAGCUAUUAAAUGUUACACAAAAAAGUAUUCUUGCAUGGUAAUCCAAAAUUGUAUACUGUAAAUUUACAUAACGUCUAGAAGUACCAUAGGUUUACCACGGGGCUGGCCGUCUGUCACGCAGCCUUACCGACCAACCGAAGGCAGAUGUUUUUGACUGGGUGUAAAAUGUAGGGCACUAAAAACCGAUAAUUUAAGAAAUGACAGUGUCUUUAUGUGUAAGAUUUAUUUUUGUCUAUUUUUUUAUUUAGGAUUUUUUUUUCCCUGUUAUUUCUCUCCUUCACUGUCGUAGUCUGUUGGUGCCUAGCUUGGUGAAACUUUCGAGAGAUAAGGCAGGAAAAGCAUAUAUGAUGCGAUAAGAUACGAUUGUCUGUGGGGCUUUGUUAUUGAAAUAAUCUGUAGCUUUAUAACAUCACUUCUCAAGUGUGCAUACCAUUUCUCUUCAUGUGGAACUAGGUAAUAUUUUAAUGGCUGUAUAUACGAAUGUUUCAAACUGUUGUCCUUGGACCUCGGGGGCUUAAAAACAGCUUUGUACUCUUGUCAUGGUGGCACGUGAACCACUGCUAGGCUUUAGAUAAAUUAUCCCAUUUAUGAAUCUGCAGAGAGUAAGAAGUUGAAAUGUUUAAAAGUGGCUUUGUGAAUAACCACAGAGUUUUUCACAAGAAGCUCAAAUCUAGAGAGCAGGUUUGUUUGGCUUUCACUGUUGAGUGAGCGCUCUGGGUCACAGUAUCACCUGAACAGAGUUCAGGGAUUACACCUGUUUAAUCCCUAGCACUUGACCUUAGGUGCGUCUCCCUUUAGGAGACGAUUUCCUGUGACCUUGCAUGUCAGACUUUUGUUGAGCUGAAGCCUCUAUCCCCUUGUUGUCCCCUGACCAGUCAGUCUUGGCAGGGUUUGGUGUACCAUAGGAAUUAUGUAAAGUCAGAAGAUGCUCAGUUGUCCCAUGGCGCCUCUGAAGUCUACAAGCCUUGUGUGAAAUAAACCCGCUAAUGAGAAAACAUAGGCAUGAUGAGGAGUCAAAGUGAGCCCCCUGGGUUUGAUAUCUGGGAUGUGCAAAGAUCUCUAAUUUCUGAGGGGUGAAAUAUAUGUUCUGCUUAAUAAAAAUGGUUUUGAGUAAAAAAAAAAUUUAAAAAAUCAGUUUUCUGUGAAAAUAUGAAAUGUAAAUUUAGCUUGUUAUGAAGAUAUUUGGCAAUUUUGUAUUAUCGCACUAAAGGAUGAACUGGAUGGGAAUUUAGGAUUAGUGAGGAAAUGCUAGCAGCAGACAUGCUAAGUGAUCUGUUGAUGCUGUUUUUGUCUGUAGGAGGGGUCUGAUGCUGAGGUUGUUGUAAAGAGCUUCCCACUGUAAAAAGAGGCAGUGGCAGCUCCUGGAUCAGAUAUGGAGGGGAAUGCUAAAGCCUAAGCAGACCACCCCACAGACCACCUCACAUGUAUGCAAAAGUCUUCUGAGUGGCUUUCUUCAAAUGUUCAGCUUUUUGAUCUUUGCGGCUCCUGUAACUGUAAAGCUGGAAGAUUUUUUGGAAAGACUGGAAAAUAACUGUAAACCAGUCCAUGCUGUAGAAACCAUUCCACUCCCAUUGGAGGACAAAAAAAAUGAAACAUCUUGCUUCUAACUUAGCUGACAAGGUGGUUCAUUAAUCUUGCACAUCCCUGUUUUCACUAAAUCUUUGGUCCUUUUAAUGGUGAUCAAAGACAUUACAAUUUAAUGAUUGUUGAUAAAUGCAUAAACCUAUAAUUUCUGAUUAGCCUUUUCAUUCCAAUGCAGUUCUUGGCUAAUAAAGAAUUCCACUGCUUAACUGAUCUUCUUAUCUUCGCUUCUUUGCCACAUUUUCCUCUUCCUGUGUGUACUGGAUGUGGUGAUCUGCUGCUCAAGCUCCUGCUAGUGGUUACUGUGAGCCUAAUGUGACCUGUUGAUGUAGCACUGCUGCAUGUAAACCUGCACCAGAGGCAGAGCUGUCAGAACUAUAUUCUUUUAAAAGCUUAAACACUGGAGCCUUCCCUAUCAAGAGGCCAAUUGGUUUGAAUAAUGAGGUGAGAAACCGUCUCUGUGUACUUAAAGUGGUUCGCCAUUUUGGAAAAUAAGCUUAUUUGCUUUCUUGCUGAGAGUUAGAUGAGAAUAUUGAUACCACUCUCAUAUUUGUACUGUAAAUUUGAAGCCGCUUAGCUUAGCGUAAACACUGGAAACGGGGAAACUGCUAGCCUGGCUCUGUCCAACCUAACUAAAUCUGCCUACCAGAACCUGUAAAACUCAUAAUUAACAGAUUAUAGAUUGUUUGUUUACAUGUUAAACGACAAUUAAUUAAAAACUACAAUAUGCCGUUGUAACUUCCUGAAGUCUCCACUGGUUGCCUGGCAACAGAAGUGCAAGUAUAACAAAUAAUCUUUGGGUCUUUACGUUCAAAAGAUGCUAUGAUAGACACGAUAGACAACAAACAGCUUUAAGGUGUGCUUGUAAUGUUACAAAUGCAAUAUAAUUACUUUUUUUAUUGAUGAGUUAGUGAUUAUGCUUCCUUUUUUUUUUUUUUUAUAAAAGUACAGUUGAUAACCCUGAAGUUGUUGGCAUUAGCUGUGUCCUUGGAGGCUCCCUGGUUGCCUGGCAACUGCUCCUUUCCGUUGGACGGAGCCAGGCUAGCCGUUUCCGCCUGCUUCCGGUCUUAAAGCUAAGCUAAGCGGCUGCUCGCUCCAGCUUCAUAUUUGUCGUGUAAACAUGCGAGUGUUAUCAAUCUUCUCAUCCAACUCUCGGCAAGAGAGCGAAUAAGCGCAUUUCCCGAAAUAUCAAACUAUUCCUUUUACACGACUGUCCUUGGUCGGUUGGUUUGGUGAGUUCAGACAGCUCUGUUAAUUGGUCGUAGAAAGGCUGGUUUUGUUGUGUGUGUGUGUGUGUGAUGCUAUGUGAAGGAGGUUUACAUCCUUCUUAUGUAAAUGCAACGGGAUUGUGGCAGACUAGGAUGUCCCAAAGGAGAAACCCUCUCUUUCAGGGAAUAUUACUCAUGUCUCCCUUUGGUGUGUGCCCCUUUAUAAAGGUCUUAUUUUUUUUCUACAAGCUGUUUUCUCUGUCCUAACUUCUAAGGCAAAGACUUUGGGUGGAGAAUCAGCUAAUUUUGUAGUACAAUUUGGCAUGGCUAAUGAAGAUGCCAAUGUGUUAAAUGUUUCAGCUGAAGCCAAAAACGGAGACAUUUGUCAGUAAAAUCUGGUUUAGCUCGAUAAAUCAGCCUCUUGUUUUGUUGGUCGAUGCUAGUCUCCUUAGGAUCACGCUAUGACAUGCCAGACCACAAAAUGUAACUUAAAAACCUCUUCCCUUCCUUGGUUUUACUCAAGGAAAGUGGUUGAUCAAAGGUCAGGACGAUGUGUGUUCUGUUUCUUUUGUAACAAUCGUUGGACAAAGCUACAACACAGCUGCUGGUGUUGUAUGCAAGUAUGUGCCCUGUUGAAGAAAGUCCCCUUUUGCCAUUCGCAGGUCCCAAGCAAUCCCUGUUUCACCUCUGGUCCGGUGUGUGAAGGGACUGACAGACACGUUUUGACUGUCUGUGGGUCGUUUCCUCCGGCCUCAAGUCCACCUGUCCUCUGUAACCUGCCCGUGUACCACAUCCGAGGGCUUCAGACUGCACAACAAGCUCCUACAGGAGAGCUCAAGAUGUUUUCGCCACUAUGGUCUCACUCUUCACUCAGCAAACUGUUAACAAUAUACCUGGAUGUCAUUAUUGUUUGCGAUAUAAUAAAAGAAGAAAAUCUGCA